AUGGCCAAUAUUGAUUCGAUUCAUAAUAAUAAUAAUAUCAAAACUAUUUCAGAAUAUUUUGAAUGUUAUGAACGUUUUGAAAAUAAUAAACAUAUUGAUCAUAUUGAACGUGAUGAAAAUGGAACUAUUAUUUUUAUGAAAAAACCGGAUAAAUCUGAAAAAACUAUUGUUAUUGUUAUAGCUAUUGCUAUUUCAAUACAACUUAUUGUUUUAUUAAUAUCAAUUAUAUGGUGUUUAUGUUGUCGACAUAGACAACGACGAAAACAACAACAACAACAACAACAAAGACUAAAAAAACUUAAAACAAUUGAAUUAAAUCAAUCACAAAAACAACAAAACAAAUGGUCAUUUCCAAAUUUUUCGAUACAAAAUGCAAAACGAUCAAUAAGAUCAAUAAGAUUUCCCAUUGAAAUGAUCAACAGAUCAAAUAAAAAAAGUUCAUCAUUUGGACCUGUAUCAACAACAACAACAACAACAACAGCAACAGAAAAUUCUAUCCGAAAUACUGAAUUUGAUCGUGGUGGUGGUGGUGGAACGGAACUAACGGAAACAAUUGAAAUGACGGAAAAAUCUAUUUCUAAAACUAAUAAAAACAAACGUAUUGCAUUGCCAAAACAACAACAACCACAAUCAAAAUUAACAAAAGAUCAACAACAAUUAGCAUCAUUAUUUGAAAAAGUAAUUAAAAAAAUUGAUUUAACUAAAAUGGCUGCUUUGCAAUCAAAAUCAAAGUCAAAAUCAAAAUCACAAAAACUACCACCACAAUUAGCAGUAGCAACAACAACAACAUCAACAAUAACAUUAUCUGAUUAUUUUGGUGGUAAUAAGGAUCAUGGUAAAAAACCAAUAUUAUUGGAUGAAGAAAAAACAUUAAUGAAAAUUCUGGAAGAAUCAUCAACAACAACAGAAGAUGGUGGUAGUUUCAAAAGAAAACGUUCAAUUGAUGAUAGUUUAAAUGAAAUACAAAGAAAUCGUAAAGCAGCCGUAAAAGAUAAACAAAAACGUCGUGAACAACAAUUACUUAAAGUAAUUAAAAUAUUAGCAAAAGAUUCAAGAGAUUUUCGAAAACAUCGACGAUUAUUACGACUCGAUAAUGAUGAUGAUGAUGAUAGUGAUAAUGAUUUUGAUGAUGAUGAUGAUUUUAGUAGAACUCGAACAAGAACAAACGAAAAUCUAAUAGGAAAAACUGUUCGUUCAAGAGAAGCAACUGAUCCACAAUUAGUACGUGAUCUAUUGGAUAAUCUUGCUCGUCAUCGUGAACGUAAACGACGAUUACGAUUAUUACAAAUAAAAAAACAACAACCAACAACAACAACAAAAAAAGAACAGCAAACAAAACCGAAUUGAAAAAAAUAUUGAAUAAAUUUUGAAAAUUUGAA